ACUGCAACGAGCAAGAGCUCCACUGCUCGAGGUCUGCUCUUUCUCGAUAUGGAGGUCUUUGGAGCUGCAUUCGACCAGUAGAGAAUCCUUCUCAAGGCGGAAAAGACCAAGAGAAGAAGAGCACACAGGCCUCAUGGGCGCCGUCAAUUGUUGCGCGCAGACUACUCCCGACGGUAAGCGGGAUCGUGUGUUCCGGUGUUGCAUCUGACAUGUUGUGUUGGUGUUGCAGUGGAUGUGUGGAAGAAAAACAAUCGUGGUCGGACGCUGAGUAGAGAUGAAGCGAGAGCGCUGAUGCCCAUUUACGACUACGAGCCCUCGCUAUCGUUGGAGCACGAAGACGACGCGUCAAGUACCGAUAAUGGCAGCAUGGGAUUCUUCCCGGACACGCCGAAAUCGGCGUCAAACGACCAUGAAUUCGACGACAAGUCGGUCGUGGUCGUGUCUGCUGACGGUGGCGUAGAGAUCUACGGUGAUCUCGACGAGGAGAAGCCGCCACAUUCAGACGAAGAGCAGGACGAGUUGUCCCCUGAGGCUCGUGCACUGCUCCCUGCCCCGAACUCGUGCCCUCGUUCUGGCAUCAAUCUACGUCGGCAGUCACCGACCUUCGGCAGCACCCCUGCCCAACCGCGUCUCGAGGACUACUUGUGCACGUGCAAGUACUGCCCUCGUGCCAUGACGAUCCAGCGGGCGUUCCAGCUCUACGGCUUCGCACUGGAUCACCCGCAGAGCGACGCGUUGCUACGUGUGUUGCGUGCCUGCGCCAACUACGACGAGACCAUCAUGGAGGUGGAUCCACUGCUGGUGCUACACGCGGAAAAGAUGCUCGAGGAUCUCGGCUUCGACGAAGACCAGACGUUCCAUCUCCUCAUCGCCUCGCACUUCCAGCGAGCCUAA